AUAAUACCGUUUUCUCUAAUGAUAGAAUAAUGUCUAAAUAUUGAUGCUGGUUUAUAAGACAAAAAGAUGACCAAGUUAUGAGCUCAAAUAGCUAAUUAUUUCAAGCAUAAUUUUUCUCUAAAUUGCAGUGUAUUCAUCUUUUUAGUUUGCUUUUAGAAACUCCAUAGCUUAAUCUGCCUCUGCUUUCUUUCCUGGAAAUGAUUAUCAGAUUAUGCGUUUAGGGAUGUUCCUAUGUCAUUUACAUAUUCAAGAUUUGGUGCUCCCUCUCACUUCCUUUUCAUCUUUGCAUUUUGUCUGUAAUGAUAGAUGAUGCAGAAGUUAGUUUGAAGUUACCUAGAGCAGUUGUUGGAACUCUAGUGGGUACUUAAGGACUAGACUAUACCCAAUAUGUAGCAGAGUAGUUUGGAUUCUGCUGCCAUCCCGGAGAUCCUUUCAUUCCUCUACAGAAGAAAGGGUGAAGGAGGAGGCAAUGCACGGUCAAAAAGAGCCAUGUUUCUAGCUUUUUGCACAACUAUCAAUGAAAGUCAUUGGACAUUAGUUGAAUCUGGCAUUAUAGUUAACAGUGAUUUUGAUCUCUUCAACUUUUUUUGAACUGUGCUUGAAAUGAUCUCUUCCCCUUUAGCUUGAAUUGAUGCAGAAAUGCAGAGACUCAGCUUACCAUUGGAUUCUUGAAUAUCUGGUUCAGACAGGCUAUGGAUUUUUGCUGCCCUCAAUUCAAAAAGCCGAAUCUGAAGCUUUGCUGUAGCUGGUAGGGGACCAUGGCAAGUAGUAUACUAGAAUCUAAGGUCACACACACACACCCUAGAGGAAAAGACUCAAAAAGAGUCGUUUCUUUUCUUUAUUGCUUUCUAUUUUCUCCGCAAAAAGGGGGGAUGCACUACUUCCAUGGCUCCAUCAUUCCCAGCCCCCCCAACGGCCAUGUUCUUCCACUACAACUACAAUUUGUCCAACCUCUCUCAUCUACAAACCCAUUUUUCUUUGUCCUAUGGUUGGCGUAGCUAGGACAGAUACAUGUAUGGAACAAGAUUAUCAGACAGAGGUGAUAUAAAACUCCAAGGUUCUUACUUUCUCUCUCUUCUAUGGUUUAUUUCUCAGGAAUUGGGUGGAUGAAAAUUGAAGAAAUGUUCUUUCUGUAGGGUUUGUGGGGAUUUUUUUGGUUUUUGACUUUUGAUGUUCGGUUUGUGGGGAUUCUUAGAUCUUUCUCCAAAGAUAUGGAGAUGUAAUUUCUGUCUCUUUUUAGGGUUUCUUUGGGCAGAUCUCCAUUUAGGGUUUGGUUGGAUGAAGAUUGUUUGAUUUUAUCAUUUUUGUUUACACUGAUUGGGUCAUAUUUCCAUACUGUAUGUUUAUACCAGAAAUUGGGGAAACACAAAAUCUUUAAAAAUGGGCGUCUUGUGCCUGCAAAAAGGGGCAAAAAACCAUAGCUUAUUAGGGUUUCUUUUCAAAUUUCAAGUUUGGUAAGGAUCUGGUUAAAUUCAGGUGAUCAUGUCCCAUUUCUGCUUUUAGCUGGAGAUCAUCUGGGCUCUGGCUAUAUGAGAUUCUGUACUUUUCUUUUGGGUAUAAUUGUUUUAUUCUUUAGAAAAGGAAAAAAGAGUUGUAUUCCCAGAUGCCAAUCCAUUUGAUUUUCUACUUAGGUCCAUUGCAGAGAAUUUUUUUUUUUUAUGGGAAAGUGCAGCCAAUUUGAUUUUUGCAUUUUAGAGAGAAAUUAAAGACCAAAAUUUUUU